UUCCUUCAGGUCUUGGCUGUUGGUCCGUCCUUGCGGUUGUGUGAGUGCUCAUGUAGAACGCGCAGUUAGUCCUCUAGCGAUAUCGCGUUUUUUCCUUUCGUUUUCCUUUGUACCUCGCUGUUUCGUGAUUUUUUCUACUUAAUAUGGAGACUGGACUGCAAAAGCUAUAAGCAGGCAGCCAGCCAAGUUAAGCCACGACCAGCCAACAUAAGAAUCAACCUGGAAGCAACGGAGUAUAACCUGGAAAUCGAAAGAACCAAAGUCCAAACAGUCCGUCGUUUUGGAGGACUUAUACUAUAAUCCAAGCUUUGGACGGAAGAAUCCAAAAAAUCGUAGUGGAAAGUUUCGAGGGUUGUGUAAAGGUGUAGAGGAAUAGUCCGAAAGUUACUCGAGAAGAACAGCAGCAGCAGGAGGUGGCGGAAGAUUUUUUGCUGCUCAAAUUGGAUCUAACGCUGAAAUAGCUGUCAGUGACGAAAAGAAAGAUGGAUUGUCCUCAUAUAGGUGAUAAUGUAGUUCUCCGGAAGGAUGCAGUGAGAACCUUGAAGCUAUCCGUAUGUGGCGGAUCUACCACAUUCGCUGUGCCAGUGCCCGGAACGGGAACACCUCCAGUAGCGAUUUCGAAAUUGUGGAAAUGUGCAGAAUGUUCCGGCAAAGACAACUGGAUGUGUUUGCAAUGUGGAUCGGUUCGCUGUGGACGAUACGAGAAUGGGCACGCCUUGAAACAUUCAUCGAAACAGAACCACAACAUUUGUAUCAACACGGUUAACCUGUCGGUUUACUGCUACAAAUGUGACGAAUUCGUAGUAAAUGAUACGGCUGACAACGUGCUAGAGGAAAUCCGUCAGGAGCUGAAGGACGGCGACGGGGACACCGUGUCGGAAACUUCAUCCACAAUGGAAGAGAUCAGUUCGUCCAAAUCAACCCAGGAAACCGCCAGCAGUACGUCGUCGUCCAGUGAUUCCGGCUGGGAAGAGCCUUCGACAGCUUCAUCCGUGUCGUCCACCACCUCCGCGUCCUCGUCCAGUGCCCGAAAGUUGCGGCCCCGCAAGCGAACGAUCUCAAGCGACAGCAACAACGAAAACGGAACGGCAGGUGGUGGUCAGGGUGCCAAGCGGAAGUCGUUGCGACGAGUCGUGGGUUUGCGGAAUCUGGGGAACACAUGCUUCAUGAAUUCAGUAUUACAAUCGCUGAGUAACAUCCAGGAGUUUAGCUGCUACUUCAACACAAUGCCCUCACUCGAGACUGGUAAACACAAGCAGAAAGCGUACCAUUCCCGCAGCAUGAAGGAGAACCUAGAUGACGUGUUUGUAGUGGAAGAGUUGCGCAAGGUUCUGUUAAAUCUAAGCCAAGGAGGCGAUGGGUCAAAGGGUGCCAUCUCGCCAGAGUGUUUAUUUUUGGUAAUCUGGAAGGUGGUACCGCAGUUCCGGGGCCAUCGUCAGCACGAUGCCCAUGAGUUUCUGCGCUACAUGCUGGAUCGACUGCAUACCGAACUACAGCAAGUAUCGUUUCCGGUGGAAAUUUCCAGUCCAUUGGCGCAGAGAGCAGGCGAAACCAAAACUAACCCAUACAACGUACCGGCACUCAGUCACUUGCAGUCGAAGGGACGUAACUCGAUCGUGACAAAUGUCUUUGGCGGUGUACUACAGAGCGAAGUACGUUGCCUGAUCUGUGGCAUGGAAAGCAAAAAGCACGACCCGUUCCUGGAUCUAUCGCUGGACAUUCCGGAGAAGUUUUACAACAAGGAUCCACCGGAAGGUGGCGAAAAGGAUAAGGAUGGAAACGCACCGGUUUGCAACAUUUCCGACUGUCUGGCUAGUUUUACAGAAGUUGAAGAACUCACUGAAACAGAACUGUAUUACUGCAGCUCGUGCAAGUGCAAACAAAAGUCCACCAAAAGAUUUUGGAUCCGGAGAUUGCCGAACGUUCUAUGCCUGCACAUAAAGCGAUUCAGAUGGAACAACUUCUACAGAACCAAAAUCGAUCUGAGGAUAUCGUUUCCGAUAAACGCCCUGGACAUGUCACAGUUCGUGCUAAACAAUGGCCCGGAAACGAGACGUUCGAAUUCAAGCUGUAACGUGUACGAUCUGGCGGCUGUAAUCGUGCAUCAUGGCAAUGGAUCUAGCUGCGGUCACUACACCUCCUUUGCGAUCAACAACGGUGUGUGGAUGCAUUUCAACGACCACUCGGUGAAGGAAGUCAGCAGCAGCGCGGUGGCCGAGUGCAAACCGUACAUUCUGUUCUACAUCAAACGGGAUCCGACCAACACCAGCCGACUGGCGACGACGGCAUCCGGUGGACCUGCGGCGACCGCGUCUUGAGAUUAAGUUAUUCUUCUUUUAAGACUGAUUAAUAUAGAGCGCAUAGCAAAAGGAAAACAAAACAAUAGAAGCAGACUGGAUGCAAACAAAACCAACAACAACAACAACAACAGUCACAGAGAAUGCUCUUCUUCAAGUUGCAGAAUUCUGGUUCUUAUUCGAAUUGUGGAGAUUAAUGUUCUGGAAAAGUGCAAAAUUCGCCAAACAAAACCGAGGGAUGUAAUAACGUACACAUUACUAGCAAAAAUAUUAGCAAACCAAAUGCAAAUUGUCAAAGCAGAUGUUCAAAUCUAGUAGCAAAUUACCUACAUGGGGUGUGUUAACCUCCGAGUCGUUCCUUGGUUGUGAUCCACUUCAAGUUCGGUUUUUUUUUAUGAAAUCCCUUCGAAUCGUAGCUCCCACACCCACGCGGAAUGAUUAAAUUGUGAUAGAUUGAAGCAUUUUAGCAUCCUAUAAUCUACUUCUAACACUUGUAGAAUUGUGUAAAACAUGGCUCUCCAAUUGGAAGAGAGAGCGAAAGUGUACCGUUUCCUUUUCAUGUUCUCAUUGUGGAAAAAAAAUGUGAUUUCGAGAUAGGAAACUUUUCGUCAGAUUCCAGAGUUUUUUCUUUAUAUUAGGUUAUUUUUGCAUCAAUUAAGAGAUUCUCAAAGAGGCCGCUGCGUUUUUUGUGAUUUUUUUUUUUAUUUCUUAGGUUUAGAUUAAUUGUACUAUUUUUUUCUUAAGGUAGCGCUCCCAUCCCCAGUCCAAUUAGCAACACUAUAAUUGCUGGCUCAAUGCAAUGUUAUUUUCAUGCUGUGAAAAUUUUAAGAAAAAAAGUGUCCCAAAAAUGUCUUUAUUUUGAAAUAAAAAUCGUGAAAAUAUCCCAAUCUAGUGUAGACUUUAUUUUAGCCAUUCAGCUGCGUUUGGUUUCCGGUGGUCAGCAGCAAUGCAGCGAGGAUGAUUAAUGACCCAUAUUCCCCGUGGCCGUGAUUAUGUUCGCUCCAAAUUACUAAACAUAGCGUUUUGGGAUUUAUUCUUUUCUCUGAAAAACAAAACCCAAACAAUAAUAACACACAGUGCGUUCGUCUUUGGAAAUAAUGCUAAUAGGUAAAUGCAAAAUAUCAUAACACAUACACUUACAAAAGAAACAAAAGUAAAAA